AUGAGCAGUCCAAAGAGAAGGAUAGAGACGGAUGUCAUGAAGCUGAUGAUGAGCGACUACGAGGUCACGUUAGUGAAUGAUAACAUGCAAGAGUUCUAUGUCAUCUUCAAAGGACCAGGAGAGACACCAUUUACAGAUGGCCGAUGGAAGGUUCAUGUCGAACUGCCCGAUCAGUAUCCCUACAAGUCACCUUCGAUCGGCUUCGUCAAUCGCAUCUUUCAUCCCAACAUUGACGAACAAUCUGGUUCCGUCUGCCUCGACGUCAUCAACCAGACGUGGUCCCCAAUGUUCGAUAUGAUCAAUAUCUUCGAAGUCUUUCUGCCUCAGCUGCUGAGGUAUCCUAACCCGACCGAUCCUCUGAAUGGUGAAGCCGCUGCCCUGUUGAUGCGGGAACCGCGAAGUUACGAUGCCAAAGUCAAAGAGUACGUUAAGCAGUACGCCACCAAUAUUCACGAGCAGUCAGACGAAGAGGACAAGCAUGAGGACAGCGAUCUGAGUGAAGUCGAGGACUAUCAUACCGACGGAGAAGAUGAACCAGCAGGUGCAAUGGACGACGUUUGA